AUGCUGACCCUCCAUUUUUCGAUGCCUUCUCGACGCGACUUUCACUUCUUCAGAAAGCACGCAGUUGUAACUGGAGGAUCGAAGGGGAUCGGAUUCCAACUGGCCAUCGGCCUCAUUGAAAAGGGAUGCAAUGUUACUAUUGUCGCCAGAAGUAUUAACGAUCUCAAAGUAUUUUGCACAAAACGGAUAAAGUAUUCAAAUAUUUCGCAUUUCAGAAAGCAUGUGAUGACCUCCAACUUUUUGCCGAUCAACGUGGACAGAAUCAGAAAGUGCAGUGGAAAUCUAUCGAUAUGACUAUCGAGUACGAAGUUAUCAAAACUGCUUUCGAUGAAAUCGCCAAAGAACUCGGUCCCAUCGAGAUUCUCAUCAACAACGCGGGUCACAGUGUGCAGGCUUCUUUCACCGAUCUUCCAAUCGCUGACUUCGAGAAACAGAUGAAGGUCAACUAUCUGAGUGCCGUUUAUGCCACAAGAGCCGUCGUGGAUGAAAUGAAAGCGCUGAAGAGCGGUCACAUUUCCUUUGUCUCUUCGGCAGCCGGCCAGUUCGGCAUUUACGGAUAUACCGCCUACUCACCGACAAAGUUUGCACUCCGCGGAUUUGCUGAUGUUCUCCACCAGGAACUCCUUCCCUUCAAGAUCAGCGUGGCAGUUCUCUAUCCCCCAAACACGGACACCGAAGGAUUCCAGGUUCAAUAUUUGUCUUUUUUCUAGAUUAGAACUUCUGUCCUUUCAGGUUGAAUUGGAGACUAUGCCGGAAGAGACGAGGCUGAUUGGCGCUUCGGCAGGUCUGUUCCCACCGAAAGAAGUUGCUGAGGCUCAUCUAAAAGACAUUGCCGACGGGAAUUACUCGACGACGAUCGGAAUGGACGGAUGGUUCCUCGGAGUAGCCACUGCCGGUGCCUGUCCGGAGAAGUCCCUGUUCCGUGCUCUUGCUCAAACUGCCUUAGCUGGCCUGUUCCGCGCCGUCACUCUCGUCUACCUCGGAUACUUCAACGGAAUUGUCAAGAGAUGUUACAGAAAGCGUUUGGCAGAGAAAGAAGAGCAAAGAGAUAACGAGAAUCAAAGAGAUAACGAGAAUCAAAGAAGAGACGAGUAA